ACUUCAGAGCUAAGCUUCAAAGCAAGGUGCAAGUUCCUGAGAGGAAUACAAAAAAAAAAUAGUGAUAGAGAAAAACAUGCUCAAGGUUUUAGCUUAUUUCUUGCUGUUUUUGGCACUGAACGGUCAAACAAGUUUGGGACAAGUGAUGACUGGUGCUCCUGCUGCUGCUCCCUCCCCUCAGCCUCCGUUUUUGCCACCUCCACCAAAGCCACCAAAGCCAAAGCUUCCCGAAGAAGAGGUGGAUGCUGUCAACAGUCUGCUUCAACUUUUGAGUCCAUACUCGCCUUUGGGGCCUGCCUACUUCUCCGAAUUGAGUUGUCAUUAUAUAAAGUUUAGUCCUGUGCUUACAUGCAAUUGCACGUUGGACGACAAAACUUGCAGAGUGGUUGCGAUUUAUCUCUCAGGUCAGGAUUUAACAGGGUCUAUACCACCAGAAAUUGGAAACCUAUCUCAUUUGGAAUCACUAUACUUGAGGUCAAAUAGUCUUAUGGGCUCAAUUCCCAACACUUUUGUGAAGUUGUCUCAGCUUUCGAUACUGAAACAAUGGAGGCUAUUCCCUCAGCUUCUGGCGAUGUGGGAUUACAAAAUUCUGCCACAGUCAAGAAUCAAGAAUUGCGGCUGCAGCAAGAAGUCAAGAGUUGCUGCUGUGGCUUGACUUUAACAAGCGACUUAUGUGAUAACAAGUUGGAAGGACCGCUACCGAAGUUCCUUAGUGAACUGAAGUCAUUACGAGGCUUAUAUUUGUGCAAUAAUUUGUUUAAUGAAUCAAUUCCGCCGGAAAUCGGAGGUUGUCCAAAGCUUGAAUACCUGGUUUUAUAUAAUAAUUCUUUGUCGGGGAAAUUGCCAGAUGAGUUGGGGCAUGUUUCAACACUUCGAGGACUGAAUUUGGCUGAAAAUCAAUUUUGGGGUCGGCUUCCUGAAUCACUGGGAAGCCUAGCUCUUCUUGAAGAGAUGUAUGUGAUGAACAAUCUUUUUGAUGAUCAGUUGCCUCAAAGCUUUCAGAAGUUGACAAAGUUGAAGGCUUUCAAUAUUCGAGGAAAUGCUUUCAACAAGAGCAUCCCCGGAUAUAUUUUCGAGUGGGACAAACUUGAAAUAUUGUCACUGAUGGGAAACAAUUUUGAAGGGCAUUUACCAAAUAAAAUCUUAGGAUUGCCAAGGCUGACUUACCUGGCCAUAAAUAACUUACCUGGACGAGAGACAGAUGUUUUGUUUCCUGAUAUUCACAAUAUUGUGCAUCUGAAAUCCUUGACAUUGAGGAAAUGUUCACUCACUGGUCCAAUUCCUGAUUAUAUCUGGCGGUUCACAAACCUGUCUUACCUGGACUUGAGUUUCAAUAAUUUGACGGGGAUAAUUCCGCCAGACUUGAACCAGUCCCCGCUACAGUUCGUCUUUCUUAGAAGUAACAACCUCAAUGGGACAGUACCUGGAUGGCUGACGAGUUUGAGUAACUCUGGCUCAUAUGUGGAUGUUUCUGAAAAUUCUUUUACAAAUGUGACCUUGAGUAACGACUAUGUAGCUUCAAAUCUGAACUUGUUCGAAUACCGCUCUCAAUAUAGUGAUACGAGAUCGAAAUGGCAACAAGCUGGCUACCACUGUGACAAUGACACACAAAUUUAUGAUCAUUUGUACAUUAAUUGUGGGGGAAAUGCAACAUCAGUAGAUGGACGUGAUUAUGAAGCUGAUACGCAAUCAUAUGGUGGAUCAACUUUCUUUCUGAGUACAAAUAAGACUUGGGCUUAUAGUAGUAUGGGAAAGUUCCUGGAUACAGAUGAAGAUGAAUUCAUUCUAGAUAAAACAUGCAAUAUAUCCAACACUGAUGUAUCUUUGUACUCAAAUGCGCGCAUAGCUCCAAUAUCGUUGAAAUAUUAUGGAUUUUGUUUGAAAAAUGACAACUAUACGGUUAAACUUCACUUUGCUGAAAUAGGAUGGGAUACAAGUGGAUCUUCUACAAUCAGGAAGAGGGUUUUUGAUGUGGAUGUUCAGGGCGGCCAGUAUUACCAGAGAGAUUUUGAUAUACAAAAAUUGAAAAGAGAUUUCAUGGAGUGCAAUGUAUCUGUAACUGACUCAAGACUGGAGAUUCAUUUAUAUUGGACUGGGAAAGGUUCAACUUACACCCCAACAAAAUACUAUGGUCCCUUAAUAUCAGCUAUUUCCGUGUAUCCUGUUCCUAGGGAACCAGAAAGGAACAACAAAAUUCCUCCCGCUGUUAUUGCCGGGAUAGUUGGAGCUGCCCUGGUUUUUGGCAUAUUAAUCUUGGCUCUAUCCUGGGCAUUAGUCAGGAUUCGUCAUAGAAAGCUCAAAGGCUCGGAGCUACAUCCCGGAGUGGUCUUCGACUACAAAAAAUUAAAGGCUGCCACCAAUGGUUUUGCUCCUGAUAACAAGAUAGAUGGAGUCGGAAAUGUCUACAAGGGUGAACUCGAUGGGAUUCAAAUAGCAGUCAAGGAGCUUUCAGCGAAGUCAGAAGAAGGGGCCCACGAAUUUGUAACCGCAAUUGGUACAAUUUCUGCACUAAAACAUCCAAAUCUUGCAACGCUAAUGGGAUCCUGUACCGAGCAAAACCAACUCCUACUUGUCUACAAGUACAUGGAAAAAGUCUCCCUUCAACAUGCUUUAUUUGGUCCAGCAGAAGCCAAAUUAGAACUAAACUGGGAAACAAGGGCUAAGAUUUGCCUUGGGGUGGCAAAAGGUUUGGCUUGUCUUCAUGAGUCCAAACUACAAGUAAUACACUGCAAUAUCAAACCAACAAACAUACUUCUUGACAACGAGUUUACCGUGAAGAUAUCCGACUUCGGAUACUCCCAAUUUCAUGAUUCUCAGCUUGUCGGUGCCCCGCUUGAUAAAGACAAAACUGCCCUUGGUAGUCAUGAUUCUCAGCAUGUUGAUGCCCCGCUUGUUAAAGACAAAACUCCCCUUGGUAGUUUGCCAAAACCAAAAAUAACGGGACAUAUGGCACCUGAGCAGAUACAAGGCAUCCCCUUAACACCUAAAGCAGAUGUUUAUAGCUUUGGAAUCGUCACACUUGAAAUUGUUAGCGGACAGGAAAUUAUCACAUUGAGGUCAAAGGAUUCAAAUGACUACCUUCUGAAUACGGCUUAUAAACACCAGGAGGAGGGGAAUCUUAUAGCUUUAGUUGAUCCAGAUCUGAAAUCAAACUAUAAACCCAAUGAAGCACUUACAAUGCUAUGUUUAGCAAUGAAAUGUGUGAACCAAAGCUUCGAUCUCAGGCCUACCAUGUCAUCUGUGGUUAAAAUUCUUGAAGGCAAUGAGAAAUUUGAUAUCAGCUCUGCCUCAAAACCUCGGUCUACUCAUUCUGGGAGUACUUCUCAUGGGGAAACUUCAAAUACAACUAUUGCUCCAUCUACCGGCAAUGAAAUUGAUGAUUCUCAACGUCACUGAUUAAUGUUUUGGGAUCAGAAACCAUUGAGAUGGAAUAUGGUAUUGUUCUUUCACUUUUUUGUGGAUGCUUACAGAUGCCCUUUCUGUGUGUGAAUAUGUAUUCUGCAAAAACAUAUUUUUGGCUUAUGUAUGGUGUAUCAACUGCUAUUUCAAAUUUCAAUGAGUUCCAGAUUUCAAGAAAACAUAAUAUCUUUUUCCA